UCAAGAACGAGUCCUGCAAAGAUGAUUCUUCUUCGAUAUUGAAGAAGCAAUAUUCAUCAAUUCCCUUUGCUGGUGAAACGGCUACAUAUAUCUCCAUAAACAAGAGUUUCCUCUUCCCGCUGUUGUCGAACCUUAAAACCAACUCAAACAGAGAAGAACAAAGAGGAUAAUAAAGGAAAUCAACAAUAAGGCAUGCAGUUAACAAGAUCAUCAGCAGCUCCAUAUCUGAAUUUCCGUCUUCUUUUAUUAAUCUUAUCUUGUUUUUCAUUCAUACUUUUUUUAUCCACUAAUAAUAAUAUCUUUUCGACUUUUACCCCUCUCGGAAACUUUCUCUCUAACCUCUCAUCACCAUCAUCGUAUCCUCUUCUAUUAAAUUCUUCCGAUACUAGUAACUCGGUGUCGAAUUCGACUCAGUUGAGAAAUGGAGAGAAAAAGAAAGAGUUGUUAUUACGGUCAAGAAUCGCCGUGUGUUUAGUAGGUGGAGCAAGAAAAUUCGAACUCACUGGACCGUCAAUCGUAGAGAAUGUGUUGAAUGUUUACCCUAAUGCAGAUCUUUUCUUAAAUUCUCCAUUAGAUAAAGACUCGUUCAAGUUUUCAAUUCUCAAAGGCAUUGCUCCAAGGAUCGCUUCGAUUCGCAUUUUUAAACCAACUAGGUUAAACGAGACUGAGUUUCAACGGCGCGUCCUCACUCCAAGAGGUUCUCAUAAUGGUAUACAGGGUUUGCUUCAAUACUUCAACCUUGUAGAAGGUUGCCUAACACUGAUCAACGCAUUCCAAAUACAGAAUAACUUUACCUACGACUGGAUCGUCAGAACCCGGGUAGAUGGUUACUGGAACGCUCCACUUGCUCCAGAUAACUUCUUACCGAAUAAUCAUUACCUAGUCCCAUCGGGUUCAAGGUACGGUGGAUGCAACGACAGACUUGGAAUCGGUAAUCUCAACACUUCACUAAUCGCUCUCUCUCGGCUCUCGCUGAUACCACAACUAGACGCAGCUGGGUUUCGUAAAAUCAACUCGGAGACUUCUUUCAAAGCUCAACUCACUACACAAGGUGUAAAGUUCUUGGAAAAUCGUCUUCCUUUUUGCGUAGUAAGUAAGCACAAGUUCAAGUUUCCGCCGAAAGGUCUCCCUGUUGCAUCAAUGUCGAGCCCGGGUCCACUCAGCGGGGCAUAUUGUAGACCAUGUACACCUGUUUGUGCCGGUCCAUGCGCCAAUGAUAUUAUGGCGAUUCUACCAAUAGGUUUUAGUAGGAUUGACGGGGAAUAUGGAACGGUUGAGCUCUGUGAUGCUCAUGGUGAGUGGGAAUCCAGCUGGGAGAAUAAUUUUGACCGAUUUGCAGGAGAGAAACUCGCGGAGCUUAGGAAACAAGUUAUGGAGUCGAAAUUCGAAAAAUGUGUGAAAGAUUUUGAUGAGAUGAAGAAACGCACUGUUAAUUGGGACUCCCCACCUGCUAAACAGAUUUGUAGAAUUGCCUCAAGACGUUAGUAAAAAGUAUUGAGCUUUUUGUUCAUCAAAGUACGUACAGCAAUGGAUCUAUUGUGUUUUUUCUGGCUUUAACAAUCGGGUUUAUCGAUGAGUCUACGUAAAUAGUAUGUUUAUCUUUUGUUAUACACAAUGAACAUGAUGUUCUUGGGAGUUAUAUAGAGGAUAUACA